AGUUCCGCAGUUUCUGCAGGCAGAGAUCAAGUGCAGUCGCCGUCGAGGCUAGUUGUUCCGCGAAAAUGAUGAGCUUUCUCUCGGGUUCUCAACCUUUCGACGCUGACGUCGGUGAGAGGCUGGACGGGAUUACGCUUUUGUGACUACUACCUUGUACGCUUUCUUUCUCUCUGUCUCUCUCGCUCUCGCUUGCCUUUGUUGUGUUUUUUUUCGUUCUCGCGGGGGAGGUAUCGCUCGCUCUGUCUGUGCACUGGUCGCUUUGUUGCGAAUAAUAAUACGCUGCGGAUACAAUUAGGGCAGCGAGAGGGAAAGGGAGAGAAAGAGAGUUUUGUCAAUGUGUCAAACGCGCUGCGUGACGUGUUUUUACGUAAAGGAUAGUGACAUGGAUAUUUCCUCGAAAAGGCGACCAGCGACAAGAGCACCUCUGAGGACUGGGCUCUGAUUAUGGAAAUAUGCGAUAAGGUAGGGAAUUCGCCUCAGCACGCCAAAGACUGUCUGCGUUCGAUUGUCAAGAGAUUGUUUGCCACUGAUCCACAUAUUGUGAUACUUGCCAUAACUUUGUUAGAUGCUUGCUCCAACAAUUGUGGAAAAGUGUUUCAUCUGGAAAUUGCAUCAAGAGAGUUCGAGACUCAGUUUACGAAGCUCAUCAUCAACAGCCGCUCUCAACCAAAAAUUCACGAAAAGUUGAAAGCACUCUUGAAGAAGUGGGCAGAAGGGGACUUUAAAACAGAUCCUCAACUGAACCUUAUCCCGAGUCUAUAUCAAAAAUUAAAGGCAGACGGCAUUGAUUUUUCUACAUGUUCUGAAACACCAAGGCAAUCUUAUUCUAUUCCUAAAGAUCCAAACGUUGUAACUAGUGCUGAGGAGGAAGAAGCCAUAGCCAAAGCUAUUGAAUUAUCACUGAAAGAAAGUACUAAACAACCAACGAUUUCACAUAGUAGUUCACCAUCUUCCAAGAAACAAAUUAGUCUGUAUCCAAGUGUGAGUGCAGCAAUGGAUUCUACUUCAGGACAGGGAAGGAUAGUAAAAGCCUUGUAUGACUUUGAAGCAGUAGAGGACAAUGAAUUAACCUUCAGUGCAGGAGAGAUCAUUCAUAUUUUGGAUGACUCCGACCCGAAUUGGUGGAAAGGCAGGAAUAUGAAUGGUGAAGGCUUGUUUCCAUCCAAUUUCGUCACGGCCGAUUUGUCUGUUGAACCAGAACAAUUCACAAAAUUAGAAAGCAAUAGUAAAAAGUCUGUUCAAUUUUCGGAAGAAGUCGAAGUGAAAACUGUAAAAAGAGAGCCUGAGGUAGUGGAGAUAGAAAUUGACGAGCAAAAAAUGGAUAGACUUCUUAAUUUAACUUUGGAAGCUGAUCCCAAUUCUGGUACUUCCGACCCACAAGAAAUGCUAGAUUUAGAAGAACAAGUUACUGCAAUGGGGCCACUUAUAGACACUGCUCUCGAGAAGGUAGACAAACAACACGCGCAGCUCACUCAGCUGAGCUCCGACCUAGUAGAAGCGAUGAAUUUGUAUCACAUGCUGAUGCGUGAACCAGCCAUAUCAAGCUAUACUCUACCAAAAAUGCCUCCUCAACAAAUGGUCUAUCCAUAUCCUCCACACUCGCAAACGGGGCAUCCUCAAGGAGUGCCUUCACAAAUGGGACAUCCCCAAGCAGGUCAUCCUCAGGGCGUGCAUCCGCAAGGAAUGCAUGCUCAAGCUGGUCAUCCGCAAGGCGGACAUCCGCAAGCUGGUCAUCCUCAAGGAGUUCCUCCGCAGAUAGGCCACCCACAAGCGGGUCACCCGCAAGGUGUUCCUCCUCAGGGAGGUGUUCCGCCAUCCCCACAUAUUUUUAACGGAAUGCCAUCUGGACCCCAAUCGCAAAUAAUUCAGGGUCAUCAUCGAUUCAAUCCGAAUAUCUCGGCACCAGGAGAAUUAAUUAACCCGCACACUGGACAAGCGAAUUUACAGAGCAUGACUUUACCACAUCACUUCCACAUGCCACCAGGACUGAGACAAGCGCCUCCAGGUGAAGCACGCCAGGAGUCUCUGCAAUCCAAUCAAAACAUUCCCUAUGCACAACAAGGAUAUCCAGCGCAGAACGUUAUACCCGCGUCCUACAUGUCGCAAUUGCCUACCGCCCAACCGAUCAGCCAUCAGCAACCGCAGUUCGCUCCACCUAGUGGUCAGCGCAUGAUGUAAAUCAAGAUUCAAAACAGAAGUCUGACCCAGGAUGGGUUUUUUGUGCCGAGGAUAAGCAGAAUAAACGAGCAAAUCUGAUGGCAUCCUGUUCUCUAAACUCAAGAUGUGCGAUAUCGCUAUAUUAUAUAAAAAUAUUUAAAUAAUAAACGUAAAGGACAUGAAACAACGCAGUAGCCAAAGAGCCUGGAUUUUUGACGGGUGACUUUGCGCGACGCAAUCGGCGUCAAUUGUAUACAUUAGCAUGCAAGAAAACAACUAAACUAACAUGAAGCGUUAGAGACACGCUGAGCGCUGAUGCGAGGAAAAAGCAUUUAGAUUUAUUGAUACUCAUGCUAAUUCGCGAUUGUUUUGAGCUGGUUAGGAAAUGAGACAACGGAGACAGGCUGAUGAUAUGUUGCAUUCCCAAAUUUUAUGUUUUCUCCUCUGGCGCUAAAACGACAAUUGGCAACAGAAUCCGUUGAUUGUGUUACUGUUACUUUAGGUGAUUACAUAGAUACUUAAACCAAUUUAAACAAAUAUAUGUGGAUACACGGAGCAAAAGGCAAACACAUUGAAAUUACUAUUGUAGAAAAAUUGAUUUAAGGUAAAUUACGAAGAUAAGACAAGUGAUAUCGAAUGGUCGCUUUGUGAUUGGUCCAUCAAUUGAGAAUAGAAUGAAGAUUAAAUUUUCCGGGUCACAAGAAUGCGCUAUUGAUUGAUCGGUGCCGUUGAGCGAAAUUCGAUAAAUAAGUAAUCUUAUAAGCCUUUUCUAGUUUUUUACUAAUGAUAAAAGAUGAUAAAAGUUAUGACGCAACGGAGACUGUCGGAAAUCCUAUCCGACUAUUUUGUUCCCGUCGUGUAACAAUUAAUAAUUGAUGCAUUAUUAAGUCAACGGAACUGUAGUACGAUAGAAGUUGUAACCCAAAAUUCCUCAUAGGGUCUCGAAGCAAAUUGAUGAAUAAGACGACCCAUAUGACUAGAUAUCUUGAUUGAAAUGUGGUUUGCGAUCGCUGUAAAUAAUUCUCAUUCAAAAUUGAUGCGUGCAGUUUGUAAAUCUAAAGAGAAAGAGAGUGUCGGAUUAAAAAAAAAAGGAUUUUAAAGCGUUUAAUUUUUUGUACUUGCACGGUAUCUGAAGGAGGACGAAUCAGUGCAAGUACUAUGCAGUGUGUCAUGUGCAAUGCGUGAAAGUGUGAGACGAUUUUUCGCAAAAGAAGCGUGUUGUUUUUUAAAGUAAAAGAAGAAGCUAAGAUUUAUCCAUUUAACUCGCUUCAUUAUGUUUUUUUUUGCAAUGUUGAUAAUUUAGAAGAGAAGAAAAAUAAAAGAUUUUUUCAAGCGAGAGUGGAGGCGAGAUAAUAUACAUUCUAGCGCAACGAGUAUAGGAUAGAAGGAAAAAAAGCGGAUGCUGCGGGUACAGCGGCGAACUGAGUGACGCGAGGUAGAUUCUGAACAUUAAACUUUUUACGCAGAAGCGUGUCGGUUUUAUUUCGCGAACUGUAUAAUCUCGCUGUUGCGUUACAAGUGAGAAAAUUAAAAGAAACAUGUGAAAACGAGCAAAGGGAUACUCCGAGAAAUUUUGCACGGGUGUCCUGAAUUUUGUAUGUAGAUGAUAGAGAAAGAGGUGGGAAGCUGCGAGAGAACAGGAGUAUGAGAGAUUCGAGAGAGAAAAAGUGCGUUUAAGAGUGAAUGAAAGAGUUCUUUUAUGAAACAAAAAAAGAUGUCAUAAUUAAUAUUCUAUACGUUAUGUUGUCAUUAAACUGUAAUUAUUUACGUAAAAA